UGCGCGGGCGGGCCGGGCUGGGCAGCACUCCGCGCGGAGCCGCACAGCCGUGGACGCCAUGCGCGCGCUGCUGCCGCUGCUGCGUACAGGCUGGGGCCGACGCGCGGGCUCCGUGGUCGCCGCCCGCCUUCCUGGUGGAGUGAGCGCCGGGGCCUGGCCGCGGCGUGCCAUGGCCAUGUACCGCACGGAGGAGCGCGGCCAGCGCCACUCGCCGGGGUACCGCCUCUUCUUCAAGAAUGAAGCUGGUCACUACAUUUCCCCCUUUCAUGAUAUUCCUUUGAGGGUGGAUUCUAUAGAGGAAAAUGGCAUUCCUACAAAGAGAGCACGAAAUGAUGAAUAUGAGAAUUUAUUUAAUAUGGUUGUUGAGAUACCUCGGUGGACAAAUGCUAAAAUGGAGAUUGCCACACAGGAGCCAUUGAAUCCCAUUAAACCAGACAUAAAGGAUGGCAAGCUACGCUGUGUGGCGAAUAUCUUUCCUCACAAGGGUUAUAUAUGGAAUUACGGUGCCCUCCCUCAGACUUGGGAAGAUCCCCAUCGAAAAGAUGAGAGCACAGACUGCUGUGGAGAUGAUGAUCCUAUUGAUGUCUGUGAAAUAGGCUCUAAGGUUCUUUCUCGUGGCGAGGUUAUUCGAGUGAAGAUCCUUGGAGUUUUGGCUCUUAUUGAUCAGGGUGAAACCGAUUGGAAAUUAAUUGCUAUCAAUGUGAAUGACCCUGAAGCCUCAAAGUUUCAUGAUAUUGAUGAUGUUAAGAAGUACAAACCAGGUUAUUUGGAAGCUACGCUUAAUUGGUUUCGAUUGUAUAAGGUGCCAGAUGGAAAACCAGAAAACCAGUUUGCUUUUAAUGGAGAAUUCAAGAGCAAG